AUGAAGCCGCCACAACUUGAGCUAACAUUGGGCCGAGCGUUACUCUCCCAUCCGACCCGUUACGGGCUCCGCUUCGACACAACUGCAAAGCGCGAUCUCCUCCAGCUCCUUUUCCGUUCCUUAACCGGUUUCAACGAUGAAUACUUGCGCCUCCUAUUUCCAGGAGGUUGUCCACGGGGGUUUUGGAGCCUAUCCGAAGCUCAAGGUGCAAAGGAAGGUGCUGAAUAUACCGAUGCUGCGCGCGGGAAGCGGUGCGGACAUUUAUUCAAGGCAGGAGAAGCGCUCUUCCGUUGUGUAACGUGCUCUACUGAUGAGACGUGUGCGCUAUGCUCCCGAUGCUUUAAUGCCUCGGAUCAUACUGGUCAUAAGUACAAUAUUACUGUCUCCGGCGGGCAUUCUGGUUGUUGCGAUUGCGGAGAUGAGGAAGCGUUUCGGUUGCCCGUUAAUUGUGCAAUCCACACAGAUCUAGAUGGUAAUUCAACAAAAGGCAAGGCAUCGUCACAACUUCCUAGCGACCUCUUAGACAGCAUACAGACCACAAUUGCCCGAGCGUUUGAUUACUUCUGCGAUGUUAUCUCCUGCUCACCCGAACAGCUCAGGCUCCCGAAAACCGAGGAAAAUAUUAGACAAGAUGAGACAACAUCACGGUUAUCUGCAGGAUGGUAUGGUGGGGCGGACCCUGAAGAAGAGGAGCCCGAAUUCGCACUUGUUCUUUGGAACGAUGAGAAACACACUAUCUCCGAAGUUAAACAACAAGUCGCCCGGGCUUGUAGGGAGAGCUCUCAAUUUGGCCAGGAUAAAGCUAUGGAAACGAAUGAUUUUGGAAGAAGCGUGGUGAAAUAUACUAAGGACCUCACGAGUCUACUACGAGUUUCAAGUGUUAUCGAGCAGAUUAGGAUUACGGUUACCGUUAGGUCCUCUAGAGAUACAUAUCGAGAGCAGAUGUGUGGAGCGAUUAUCGAAUGGUUCUCCGAUAUUUCUGGAUGUUAUAUUGAGAACGAUAGCCAUAUUCUCAGGCAAACCAUCUGUGAACAAAUGCUCAGCCCCUGGAGAGCAGGUAGCCGGGCCUCCAAUCUUAAUAUCGGAAUGCAGGGUAUUGAUGAUCAUUCGCGCGAAGAACGGAAAACAUAUCAUGCGGUUAUUGGUAUCACACCAACACAAACUCAGAUUAUUACUACAGCAGAAUUUGAUGUGGUAGAAACCACGGACGAUGAUCCAAAUGAAGGAGGGAAUGACGAAGACGUGGAUGAAUAUGACGAAGAAGAAAUUGAAGCUGACGAGGAGGGUGAGGGUGAAGAUGAAGAUAUGAAUGAUAUUUCAAUGCUUAUUGCUGCCGAUGCCAGGGCAAUACGGGAAGAUUCUGACAUUGACAUGAACACGGAAGAUGAUCUCGAAACAGGAGAAGAAACAUUUGCCAGUUAUCCACCUCCUCCUCUACCUCCACCCCAAACGCGAGAGGAAGAACGCGUCGCUUCUGAAAUAGCCACAGCCUUAAUUAACAACGGUACCUAUGGAUUCUGGUCUGCUGAAAACACCCCACAAGCUGCCGAAGAUACGGAAGCGCCAGCAGAACAUAGGGAGUUAAGGAGUCGGCCACAUGGGGAGAGUCAAGAUGCAUGUGCCUCAAAUACCAUCAAAAUCCCCAAGACGCCGGGCUCCCGAGCCAAAAAGUUACCUAAGCCAAUACCAUAUUGGGAGAUAAAACCCUCUGGUUAUCAUGACCAUAACGUGGGUCCAUAUGAGGAUCUCAAGCGGCGCACCAGGCUUGACUGGUUGAUAUUAUAUGAUCUACGACUGUGGAAGAAGAUACGGAUAGAUGCCAGGAAUCUUUGUUUGGGCACCGUUAUCAAUGUUCCGGAGUUCAAGCGAAUUCUUGGGCUUCGCUUUUCAGUCUUAUACACGGCGCUCGCACAACUUUACCUGAUCGCAGAUCGAGAACCCGACCAUUCUAUUAUCAAUCUCUCGUUGCAGCUUGUGACAACCCCGUCCAUAACGGAAGAAGUGAUCGAGCGAGGAAAUUUUCUCACCAACAUCAUGGCUAUUCUAUACACAUUUCUUACUACACGACAAGUUGGAGAAGCCCGAGAUGUGAACCCAUCCGUCACACUUGCAAUGGAUUCUGCCUCUAUUACCAAUCGUCGACUGUAUCAUUUCUUCUUUGAUUUGCGUUAUCUCCUAUCCUCGGAGCAGGUGCAGCGCCGCAUUCGUGUUGAGCGGCAGUACCUUUUACAAUUCCUCGACCUCAUUAAACUUCCUCAGGGUAUCUGCCCAAAUGAACGAGCUGUUGGAGAACAUGUGGAAUACGAAACGGAUUCCUGGAUUAGCGCAUCCCUUUUAAUGAGAGAAAUAAACCGUCUCUGUCGCUUAUUCUGUGAAGCGUUCCAGCCCGAGAAGCUUCAAGAGGGCCAAAUACAUCUCGCGGAGGCCAUUGUAGCAGCAAGUGUCUCCACAAUGGCCAACUCCAUCGGCAUUGAAAGGAAACGAUUUGAUCAAGCUGAAGUUAAGGAGCUUACACGGUUCAAAUCUGUAUCAUAUACUACAUUCGAAAUCGAUGCCUUUGAGAAUGUUGCGCGUCACCGGAUUGUUGAUUUCGUUGUUGAACAGGGCUCAAUGAGCUUCCAUCAUCCCCUCCACUACACACUCUCAUGGCUUUUGGAGUGCGGCAGGGUACUUUCUGCGGAAAUGGUCAGAGAACUAUUGUUGAAAGCCGCUGAACUCUCGAAAAAGAAGUUCAUCAACACACCCGCCCAACAUUUUGACAAUGACGAUAUCCUACUUGCAAUGUUUGAUUAUCCAUUACGGGUUUGUGCGUGGCUUGCUCAACUGAAGGCUGGCAUGUGGGUUCGAAACGGACUCAGCCUUCGUCAUCAAAUGGGCCAAUACCGCUCUGUUCUAUCGCGUGACGUGUCAUACUAUCGAAACAUUUUUAUGAUCCAAGCCGCGAUGGUAAUUUGUGACCCAAGUCGGUUUUUAGCUACGAUAUCUGAUAGAUACGGAAUGUCAGAUUGGAUGAAAGGAGCUUAUACAACUCGUCCAAACUACGAUGAUGCCCAACACAUCGAUGUUGCGGAAGAAUUUAUCCAUCUUUUAAUAAUGUUAAUCACUGAGCGCACAGCACUAUUACCACUUGAAAAUGAGCUAGUGUUACAACGUGAUAUAUUCAGAAGGGAUAUUGCACAUGCACUUUGCUUCAAAGCUCUCUCUUAUUCUGAAUUAUUAAAUCGGGUGAGUGAGAAAGUAUCAGAUGCUGAAGAUUUUCAGGAUGUACUUGGUGAAGUGGCAAAUUUUAGACCGCCAGAUGGGCUGAAUGACUCUGGAAUCUUUGAACUAAAACCAGAGUACAUUGAUUAUAUUGACCCUUAUGCUGCACAUUACAGCAAGAGCCAAAGGGAUGAGGCGGAAAAUAUUUUUAAGGAGUGGAUGGCGAAGAAAACUGGUAAAAAUGCGGCGAGCAUCGUCUUCGAGCCAAAAUUAAAACCUCUGUCAAGCGGCCUUUUCUCAAAACUAAGCGAUUUCUCGCAAACACCUUUGUUUGCUCAGAUUAUAAAUCAUUGCCUUGAAUAUUGUCUAAUGUUCAAAAUAUGCACACCUGGUGUCACAGUGACGAGGGUAGAGACCCUACUUCAUAUGGUCUUACAUCUAUUCCUCCUUGCAGUGAUGGAGGACUCAUCUAAGGAAGAGAAUGGGUCAACAGACGCCGUCUCCCAAUCAUUUGUUUUCCAUUCCCUUUGCCGAAAGAGAAAUACACUGCUUGGUGAUUUGACUACUGUUAGCUUACUUCAACACAUUUCUACGGUGGCCGAGUUCGAGUCUUGUGGAUCAAAAAUAUGCCAUAUUUUGAAACGACUCUGGCAAAAACGGCCAAAGACCUAUGCCACUGCAACAGAGGGACUGAAGUUUCCAUAUGACAAAAUCCAAUCCCCUUCGCCUGCUCCUGGCGCGGAGAGUGAGUUGGAGUUGAAGAAAAAACGCGCACUAGACCGGCAAGCAAAGAUAAUGGCUCAGUUUCAGCAGCAACAGCAGAAUUUUAUGAACAGUCAAAGUAAUAUUGAUUGGGGCGAAGAAGACCUUAGCGCGGAUGAAAAACCGUCGAUACCCAACUCCACGGAGGCAAAGUUAUGGAGAUACCCCACAGGAAAUUGUAUUUUGUGUCAGGAGGAAACCAACGACUCCAGACUGUAUGGAACAUUUGCCCUUUUGACGGAAAGUGCACUGUUUAGACAAACCGACUUGGCCGACCUGAGUUAUGUGAGAGAGGCCAUAAAUUGUCCUUUAAGUUUAGACAGAUCAGCAGAUACUAUUCGGCCAUUCGGUGUAGCAAGUGAAAAUCGUGAAAAAGUACGCCGAUUGGACUCAACUGGGGGAGUUGUUAUAUCUGAAAAGCAGGGCCUUGGCCGUGGCUUCUCUCCAAAUAACGUUGCUGCAGCUCCCAUAAUGACAGGCUGCGGGCACAUAAUGCAUUAUUCUUGUUUUGAGACCUACUGGGGUGCGACUCAUAGGCGUCAUAGCCAUCAGGUUGCUCGAAAUCACCCCGAACGAAUAUCAUUGAAUGAGUUUGUUUGCCCUCUCUGCAAGGCAUUAGGCAAUGCGUUUCUGCCCAUAAUUUGGAAGGGUAAAGAAGAAUGUUAUCCAAGUGUUUUGGUUACAGGCCAACCCAUCGGGGACUUCCUCGAUGGCCAGCUUGUCCAAUCUAUUUCUCGAUUUCGACACCACGCGCUUAUCAUGGAUAGUGAUAAGCUUCACCCGUCUGGGUACCAACAUCUCUUUGUUGAUUAUGUCGAGAAAAAUGUUAUAGCCCCAUUAGCGAGUAAAGUUGAACAGCUCAUCACACCGUCCUUUCCACCGUCGGUUCUUCCACCACCUCCGAGAAUGCUAAUGCCCGGUUUAUAUCCUUCAGGAGACGACCCAAUUCCUAGCCCAUUAUAUCAUGUCUUAGCGCAAACUGAAUCUCCUGUAUCCGACCUUGUCACUAUUUAUAGGAGGCUACGAGAAACCUUCCGUGUGAAUAAGAUCCCAUCCCGCUUUGGGUAUCAGCAAAGUACAAUUGUAGCAGACGAUUUAAUCCACACGGAUAGUCUAAUAAAAACAUUUGGAUCGUCCAUCUCCGGCGUGGAGAUUUCCCAGAGGGGUGUGGGGUGCGAAUUGGGAGCAACACUACUCAGUACUAUCCCUCAGAUUACUUUAACACAUUUACGUAUCCUCUCGGAGACGGCACUAUCAUAUGCCGCUAUAGGCGGCCUCAACAUUAACCUGGGAAACAAGACCGUUUAUGAAUUCCGCGAUAUGCAUCGCAGGAAGUUAUGUCAGCUUUUCUUAGGCCACCGGGGGAUCACAGGACUUGCAAGCCUUGCCAGUGAAAACAAAUCUAUUGAACCGCUAUUUUCGACGGAUACCUUUAUCUUCCUUGCUGAAUGCUCACUAUGUUUAGUACGAGUGCUAAACAUCGAUAUUCUUCACAUGAUUCAUAUUUGCUACGUCGCCGAAAUUGUCAAGACAGCGCUCAGUUUCAUCAUCCAUCCUGAAGGGUUGAUAAGUAACCUAGCAUUUCACAAGGACGGGAUGAGCGAACAGGAGGAUGCAACUGGGCAAAUUGACUCUUCUCGCGGUUUUAUUGAUUGGAUUGUGGCAACCUAUCGGGCUUCUGCCCCGCGAGAUGACCCUAUUCUCAAUAGCGCGAAGAGCCCCCUCAAUAUGAGUAACAUUCCCAAUAACAUUCCAAAAGCAUUAAAACUACUCACAGCUAGAUACGCACUUCCUUUCCUUCGAAAAGUUGUGAUAUUGCUUCAUGUACAGUAUGGAGUCGAAUUUCCGAAAACAGGACUUGAUCUUGCAGAUUUACCUGAGAUAGACCGUUUAACAAGCCUUUUACGACUGCCCUCUAUCGACCAGAUAUUCGAGUCUUUUGCAGGAGACCACAACAUGAAUCCAAUGGACCCAUUAGCGUGCGGGUGGAUUGCUCAUUGGAAUGUGGCUAGAUUAGACCCCAAACCCGAAGUUGGCUAUCCAUGGACUCCAUCACUUCCACACCCAGGCAUAUUCGAGCUUGUAGGGCUACCGAAGUAUUUCGAUACGUUAUUCGAAGAAGCCAACUCAAAACGCUGCCCAACGACCGGAAAGGAACUGACUGACCCAAGUAUUUGCCUUUUCUGCGGGGAGAUUUUCUGCUCCCAGGCCGUUUGCUGUGAAGACUCGUCGAGGUUGGGUGGAUGUAACAGGCACGUCAAAAAAUGUGGUAAGAAUGUUGGUAUUUUCAUCAAUAUUCGCAAAUGUGCCUUGUUAUUCCUGCAUAACCAGCACGGUUGCUGGCAUUAUGCACCCUACCUUGAUAUUCACGGGGAAGUAGACCUUGGCUUCAGGCAUCAUAGACCUCUACUCCUUAAUCAAAAGCGGUACGAUCGACUUGUGCGUGAAGCUUGGCUCACAAACUCUAUACCUGCUACAGUGAGCCGAAAACUGGAGUCUGAAAUCAACAAUGGUGGGUGGGAGACCCAAUGA